UACUUGAACUUUGGGUAGAGAACUGCAUUGUUCUUAGAGUAGUGUAAAGCAGAGGAUUUGACAUUUUUUUUGUCAGCUUCACUUGAGCGCUUCUUCGUUUUCGUUUCGUCUCCACGUUCUGUAGAAGUUCUUCUGCAGCAACAGCGUACGUAGAAGUGGGAACAAUGAUUGGGUAAAGCAGAGGGACGGGGUCCACAACUGCAAAAGUGAUGAUGCUCUUAAACUCAUCCACGAUUGUAAUGAGAGGGGGAAAGCAUCUCGGUUUUGUGCAUUAUUCUGCAUCUUCCCAUGACACAUUCCAAUUGAAAGCUGUAGGUGCACGUGGACGGAUCGACAUCAUCAUCAUCAUCAUCAUUAUAAGCAUCAUCACUCGGAUUGACUCUUUCACGUGGGAAUAAAGUGGAAAUAAUGAGAUUUUGGCCGAGCUGGCCGCAGGUUGGGCUCCUCUCUAUUGUGCUUAUGAUGACGAUGUGCUCGCCUCUGGAAAUAAAAGAUGAUAUACCCCGGGGGGAGGAACUCCCAGGACGGCCGAGGCUUGGGAUGGAGGAUGGCACCGAUGGGUUCAAGUCGGUAUCCUCGUCUGGUCCGCCUCCUCCUCCUCCUCCUUCAACGUCAUUAAAUUUCUCGUCGGAAUGCACCAGCCCAAUUGGAUCUCUUGAUGGAACAGUCCAAAUGAUAAACGAGAAUGGCCUCAUAUCAGGAUUUACCACCAUCCAGUGGCAAAUUGGCCUUGGGCAAACAUUGUGCUACCAAUUCAAAUCCCCGGGGAAUUCCGAUCACGGUGGGCUAAUCGAGGUGAGCUUUCGAAGCAUGCGGAGCGUCUACGCCAUCGCCAACAGCUACUUCUUCAAGCUCGCCAAAACCAACCUUGGGUGUUUUUGCGACUGCCCUGGAGGAGCAAAUCACUGCAACACCUUCACUGAUCGAUGCGGGAACAAGCCCAAUUGCCAUAAUGUCUUCAUGACGGAUACCCAAUCCAGUGGUUGCUUCCUCAAGUUCCUCAAAUUGAGCUCAGCCGUGUGUUGCACAGUGGAAGUGGUCCCAGAGGGUGACCAACAAUACCGGGCCCUCGAGUUGUCCGUUCCAAGCAUGUUGGCACAAUUCCAAGUCUCACACCGUGACCAUCUUGGCAACCUUCUGGACCGAAGAACCAUCAGUGUUGAUCUAAAUUCAGGAGUGUCCGUAGAUUGGGCAGUGGGUCUAAUGGUGAGCAGUCCAGGACCCAAGGCUUCAGUGCCCCCCGGUUGGUAUUUUUCAGCGGAAGGCCUUCAACAGGACCUUUUCGGAAAUGUCCCUGUCAAUGGGUUAAAUGAGUGGAACGUGCAAAAAUUGGGCUGGUUCAAGUCUCAACAUCGACGGAUGGAUCUGUUUGAGAGCCGAAGUAGACAUCAACCUCAUUUGGUAUCUCCGAUCAUUGAAGAUUGUGCUUCCAAUACCUUCAAAGCCACGUUCGCCACGGAAUUUGUGAACGAGAACCAAUUAAAAUCAGCCCGAUCCUUGAAGCAGCUUCAUUCAUUCAUUAAGGAGAUCCAAGUUUGGAAUCGCCAUGUGGAAGUGGUUCAUCGAGAAUCCCCGCUCUUGGUACUCACCUUACAACAUCAGAAGGAGGUGGAUGUGCUUUUGAAGACAGAGCAGUCGUACCUUUUCAACUUUGAAGGUGUUCUUCAUCUCGAUUCCAAUUCGAAUCAGUUCCUGAACCUAACUCUCUAUAAAGUCAGGGGUGUGAUCCAUGGGCAAGUCCAGGGCUUCAAUUCCACUCUAGCCAUUCAAAUUACGAUGGGAUCCGAACAUGUCGAAGUUUCGCACCAGCGGAUCAAAACUUCCGGGCUAAUUUGCCAUCGAGCUCAAGUUUCACUGUCUUUGCGUGCACGUGGUCAAACGGAUGGGGCAUUGCAGAAACACCUUCCGUGCGCUCAGACAGGUCUGAACGCUUUCGGUAAAACCCAACGAAGUUUGCAACUCAAAACCUAUGGACCAUUUGGAUUCGGUGGCACAAGUGGGAUUGGUUCAGAAGAAAUCAAUGACUGUGUCUUGUGUCUCGAGUUCUUGGGCGAUAUUUUCGCUUUUAGUUUUACCCAUUGGCAAUUGGCCUUGUUUUGUCUUGUUGUCAUUGUAAUGCUCUCGUCUGUGAUCGUAUGUUGUCUUCGAUGGUGCCUUUGUUGCUGUUGUUAAGGAAAUAAGGUUGUUGCUAUAAUUACA